ACUUCGGCCCCAAGGGCCCGUUUCUAGCGACCUCCACGGAUCAAACCGUUGUUAUAUGGCUCGUUAGCGAUUCUUCUUCUCCCUUAGAAGUCACCACACCGUCGUGGCUUCAUUUGCCAAAUUGCUUGGUCGAGAAAAGAGAGCCAUGUUACAAUCCGGAUGAAUACAAUACUCACUGGACUCUGGGGCAUCCAUAUCGGCCCCUCUGCCUUGUGCUGUCUAUGUUUAAUUACUGAGCUCGGUGAAAAUACAAAGACGGGUCAACUACUCCGAACCAUCAACCGCCCACGGGACAUCAAGCAAGUGGCCUGGUUAAGACGGUUUUCUUACUGCCGAGGGAAUAAAAAUCCACCGCUUGGUGCAAGAUUUUUUGCCCUUAUCUGCUUGGUUGUGAUCCGACAUCCUGCCAGGAACAUAAACUCGACGCAUGAUUUUGAAUGUUCACACUUUUGCUAUUAAUGUGCAACGAGUCUCACACAAUGCACUCGAUGGCCAUGAAGCUGGAAUGUCCAAGACGGACACCCGCAUCUUGAGUAAGCUCGUGGCUGGGAGUAUUUUGCUUUCCCAUUA